UUUAUUCAAUUGAAUACACAGUUAGAACAUGAGUUCAUUAUAACGGGUGUUGACUGUAAUGACAAUGCAUUACGUUUGGAGUGAAUCGCGUAAAACAGUUGACGCAAUGUUUAGUACACUUUUGUAUUGAAUUGAAUGUAAAAAGUUUUGGUUUUAAUGACAACUCAUUUAAAGCGGAGAUUAUUUAUGGAUGUAUUGAAAACACGUGUGAAUUGAGAGACAAUUACUUUCGCUUUAGACCGAAAUGAACCGAAACAGAGGUCAGUCUCGGGUGCCGUCGUUUGCCAUCUUAUUAUUGGCCAACGAAUUGAUGAGAGCGGUGGCCGAUAACGGCGUUCCCACCGUAACUCUGGUCACUAUUAUAUCGCAGAUACUUAUAUUCCUCCACAUUAUUCCGCUUCCGUUCGGCAAUGUUUGGGACGUUUGUCUCAGCUAUAGGUCAAUAGUGGACCACAAAGAGUACUCACGACUUCCGUUCGGCAAUGUUUGGGACGUUUGUCUCAGCUAUAGGUCAAUAGUGGACCACAAAGAGUACUCACGAGUGAUAUUGUCUCAGUUGACACACGGAGACGAUUGGCAUCUGUACUAUAAUAUGGUCUCAUUCUUAUGGAAGGGCCGAUCGCUGGAGCGAAGACUCGGAUCAAUUAGAUUUGCCAUCACUUUAAUCGUGUUCACAAUCUCUACGGCCUUUACGUAUGUUUUGGUGAAUAAAUUGAUUGCAGAGACAACUGAAGACUAUUCGUAUUUAAAUCACUGUUCGGUCGGUUUCUCCGGAGUUAUUUUUGCUCUCAAAGUAUUGACCACUCAUUUCGAUGAAAGCCGUAUCUCUUAUUUGAUGGGAUAUAUACCAAUCGGAUCCAAAUAUGCCGUUUGGGGUGAACUCCUUCCGUUCGGCAAUGUUUGGGACGUUUGUCUCAGCUAUAGGUCAAUAGUGGACCACAAAGAGUACUCACGAGUGAUAUUGUCUCAGUUAACACACGGAGACGAUUGGCAUCUGUACUAUAAUAUGGUCUCAUUCUUAUGGAAGGGCCGAUCGCUGGAGCGAAGACUCGGAUCAAUUAGAUUUGCCAUCACUUUAAUUGUGUUCACAAUCUCUACGGCCUUUACGUAUGUUUUGGUCAAUAAAUUGAUUGCAGAGACAACUGAAGACUAUUCGUAUUUAAAUCACUGUUCGGUCGGUUUCUCCGGAGUUAUUUUUGCUCUCAAAGUAUUGACCACUCAUUUCGAUGAAAGCCGUAUCUCUUAUUUGAUGGGAUAUAUACCAAUCGGAUCCAAAUAUGCCGUUUGGGGUGAACUCGUUAUCAUUCAACUCAUAUCUCCAAACGCCUCAUUUGUCGGUCAUUUGUCCGGCAUUUUAGUCGGUUUGGCGUAUAUUUAUGGACCACUUUCUUAUCCAAUUGAAAUCAUAGCCGGUAUAGUGAAUCCAUUGUUCGGUGGAUUUAUACCACAUUCGAGUAAUAAUUAUCGCAAUUACCGGAGAUAUGAUGAUAGAAGUGGUAGAUCUGGUCACCGACCGAAUCGACCGCAUUAUGAAUCAUAUGUUCCGAACGAUAUGUCAGAAGAAGAACAGCUUAGAAGAGCUUACGAGCAAAGUCUGAACGAUAACCGAAAUUCUAGGCCAACAGCACAGCCAACUGCUCCGCCAUAUCCCACAGAAAACAGCUAUAAUUAUCCUCAAAAUCCUUCCGACGCCGAAAGGUUAAGACAACUCCGAUUAAGACGUUAUCAACAAAACUCUUAACUUUUAGAUAUUUUACUUAAAAUUAAUGAAAUUCUUAUAUUUUUCUAAAAUUUGUUAAAUACUCUAAAUAUUUAUGAAAAUAAUUUAUUGCAAUAAACUUUAAAAUAUAUAGU